CCUCUGCCGUUAUGUCGCUGCCCAGGAAAUGACAUCCCCGGCGGCCUUCCGGUAAAGCAGGUCCCGCAGAUGGUCAUGCUGACGUUUGAUGACGAAGUCAGUGUUUACAACUUCCCCUACUUUAGGAAACUCUUCACAAAAGGCAGAAAUAACCCUAACGGAUGUCCUAUAAAGGGAACGUUUUUCGUGUCUGGAGUGGCGACGGACUUCUCUAAGGUGCGGGAGCUCUACAAGCGCGGCCAUGAAAUCGCAUCGCACAGUAAAUCCCACCGUUUCCCUCAUUCUUGGUGGGCUGCCGCCAGCUACGAAGAUUACAAGGACGAAAUUGAAGGCAUGAGGAAACAGCUAGUUAAGAAAGCUGGCAUCCCUUACCGUGACAUUAAGGGUAUGCGAGUUCCCUUCCUGCAGAUUGGCGGAGACAACCAGUACAAAAUGCUGCAAGAUUACGGUUACAUGUACGACUCAUCCAUGCUUACCGGGCAUCUGUUUCGAGACAAAAGACCACCCCUUUGGCCCUUCACACUUGACUACCCAAUAGACUGGAAAUACAGCAGUCUGGAACCGCGACCUUCAAAGUCUUAUCGUGGACUUUCCUUGAAAAAACUGUCCCAGAUGGACGAUGUCUGGGUUGUAUCAGUUUCCCAGGUAGUGGAAUGGACAAGACAUCCAACACCGAUCUCAGAGCUCAACAGCUUUGGGCCAUUCCAGUGUUAA